GAAGAGACAUAAACUAUGCGUGAAUGUAUCUCUAUUCAUGUGGGCCAAGCCGGGGCUCAGAUUGGCAAUGCAUGUUGGGAGCUGUACUGUCUGGAACAUGGGAUCCAGCCAGAUGGACAGAUGCCCAGUGACAAGACCACUGGAGGAGGAGAUGACUCCUUCAAUACCUUCUUCAGUGAGACAGGGGCAGGGAAGCACGUUCCCAGAGCCAUCUUUGUCGACCUGGAACCCACCGUCAUCGAUGAGGUGCGUACAGGAACCUACCGUCAGUUGUUCCACCCUGAGCAGCUGAUUACAGGAAAGGAAGAUGCAGCCAACAACUACGCCCGAGGACACUACACCAUCGGCAAGGAGAUCAUCGAUCUGGUUCUGGACAGGACUCGUAAACUGGCUGAUCAGUGCACUGGCCUGCAGGGGUUCCUCAUCUUCCACUCCUUUGGUGGCGGCACUGGCUCAGGCUUCACCUCCCUGCUGAUGGAGAGGCUCUCUGUUGAUUAUGGUAAAAAGUCCAAGCUUGAGUUUGCCAUCUACCCAGCCCCCCAGGUCUCCACCGCAGUGGUGGAGCCUUACAACUCCAUCCUGACCACCCACACCACCCUGGAGCACUCCGACUGUGCCUUCAUGGUGGACAAUGAAGCCAUCUACGACAUCUGCCGCAGGAACCUUGAUAUUGAGAGACCGACGUACACUAACCUGAACAGGCUCAUUGGCCAGAUUGUGUCUUCAAUUACAGCCUCACUUCGCUUUGAUGGAGCCCUGAAUGUUGACCUGACGGAGUUCCAAACCAACUUGGUGCCCUACCCUCGUAUCCACUUCCCUCUGGCCACCUACGCUCCCGUCAUCUCUGCAGAGAAAGCCUACCACGAGCAGCUGUCGGUUGCUGACAUCACCAACACCUGCUUUGAACCAGCCAAUCAGAUGGUGAAGUGCGAUCCUCGUCAUGGUAAAUACAUGGCCUGCUGUCUGCUGUACCGUGGUGAUGUGGUUCCCAAAGAUGUCAACUCCGCCAUUGCUGCCAUCAAGACCAAACGCACCAUCCAGUUUGUGGACUGGUGCCCCACUGGUUUCAAGGUGGGCAUCAACUACCAGCCUCCAACAGUGGUUCCUGGUGGUGACCUGGCCAAGGUGCAGAGGGCUGUGUGCAUGCUGAGCAACACCACAGCCAUCGCUGAGGCCUGGGCCCGUCUCGACCACAAGUUUGACCUCAUGUACGCCAAGAGAGCCUUUGUCCACUGGUAUGUUGGGGAGGGCAUGGAGGAGGGAGAGUUCUCAGAGGCUAGGGAAGACAUGGCUGCCCUGGAGAAGGAUUAUGAAGAGGUGGGUGCUGACAACAUAGGUGAUGAGGAUGAAGGAGAGGAAUACUGAAUCUCCUAGGGCCUAGAUUUAAGCCAAAAGUUAAGUAAUGGUUUUAAAAUGGGGAGUAGUGAGGAAAAAUGUAGGUCAAAUGUAUGUAUACAGCACUAUACAGCACCAAUUUUGUGAAGAAAAUAACAUUAAUGGUCCCUAUUACUAUCAUUGUCCUUAAAACUGAGCAAAAUGGUGAAAUAAAAAACACCUAAAACAAGUAGCACCAUGAGGAAGUCAGUCACAUGUACUGCAUUCUGUGACACACAUUACAAAACAAGCUUAGCUGAACAUCUUGAAGCUUUAAAACAUGAGGAUCACAUUUCACACAGUCUGUAGUUAUGGUACUGCAUUUGCACCCAAAGUAACGGCAACAAGCCUGUGGUCAGACGUAUCUCGUUUUGGGCCUUUAAAGAUCUUUUCUCUCAGCAGUAUCAGGCCCAGAAACUUAGACCACACCCUCUCUUUUGUGCACCUCCCCCCACUAUCCUCUCCCAUGUGGAAUGUAAGUUAUGAAAGGGCUCCUAUGUCAGUUUCUAUAUGCCAUUCAGCUGUGACUGUGUGAGAGCGGGAGGGAGAGAAAAUAACUGACUAACUCACUGACUGGUGUUGUUUGUGUAGCUCAUGCUCAGACAGUGGCCUGCAGCAACAAUAGGAUCCCAGUUAUGUAUGAAUCACAGCUCUGUGAUCCUGUGAGGGCUGUUAAAAAGUUGUACCAAGGAUAAACAGAAAACUGUCCUCGGGUUUUCAUGGAAGUUUUGUUUGUUUUGAAUCUUUUACAUUUGAGUUGUGUGUUAAUUUCCAAUGUUAUGUCUCUCUGUGUAUUCUGAAUUGGCUUGUUAAACUC